AUAAAAUCAUAGUUUUGCAAUUUUGUUAUACUCCUUUUUUUCAUUCUUAUUUCAAACUUCAAAUUACCAAAUAAUGAUCAAAUCAUUUGCAUUGAUGUUGGCUAUGAUAGCCAUGGCUAUAGCCAUGCCAUCAAGUCAUAUCGAAACAUCCAAUGAAUCUACAACUAUAAGUAGUGAUGAAUCAUCGCGAACUACAUACGAUUGGGGUAAGCACACCGGAACCAAUGAUCAUGGACAAACACGAACAACAUUCGAUUGGGGAAAAUAUACCAGUACCAGUACCACUGAUCCAAAUGUGGAAACAACGACUCAUAGUGACCAUGAUCACGAUCAUGAUCAUGACGAUGAUGAUCGACAUCGUUGUGGUUCAGGAAAAUAUUCAUGUGCAGGCACUAUUGGCAUGUGCAUCGAUAUAAAUCAAAUCUGUAAUUCCCAAAUUGAUUGUCCCAAUGGUGAUGAUGAAGAUCCCAAAGUUUGUCAUUUUCAACAGCCUUCAAGAAAACAAAAUGCUUUGAGAAUUAAUCGUUUUUCCGGCACAGGAUUUCAAUUACAUAUCGGGACAAUGAAAAUCGAUUCAAAAUCGAAAGUGAAAUUGUUUAAUCAAGAUUCCGAUAAUACUGAAACUCGACGAGCUUGAAUUUUUUAUUCUCAUUAAAGUUUUUCAAAUGAUUUUAAAUGGCAUUGAUUCAUUCUUUUCUUUACAUUUGUGUUGAAAAAAAAUCUAUUAAAUUCAAGAAUUAAAAUUAUUUGUAAAUUUUUCA